AUGGAUUUGGAAGACGGGGGAGACUCACCUUGGGGAGAUGUCCCUUCUCAAGCCCAAUCGACACCAAGCUUACCCAAACCCGAACAAUCCGCUACAGAAGGAGAAACCCCCGAAUCUACAUCACAAACCCUUGCCCCACCAGCUUCACAGGGCAAAACACAUGCAGGACGUACGAUACGAACCCCUCGACGCGCUGGAGCACAACCAGUUCGACUUCAAGCUUUGGAUGAUUCUUUGGGGCCAUUAGGACCAUUGGGCGACAAUGCGCCAACAUCAAAAGCCGACGAGCCUCCUGCGCCGCCUCAAAAAGAACAAACUGUUACACAUAAUCUGCGACAACCAUUAGCUUCAGCGCAAAGCUCUACUAUAAGUCGAAGUAUGUUGGAUUCAGUGGAUUUGAAUGAGGAUGUUGAAUCUAGUACUGGACCUCGCAUACCACCUCCUGUUCAACCAUCUCAAAUGGGCUCGGUUCGAAGAGAGUCAACACCUAGUGUGAGCAUCGAACAAGCUGCCAAGCCUACUUUCAAUAUUACAGUCGGUGAUCCACACAAAGUUGGAGAUUUGACCAGUUCUCAUAUUGUGUACUCUACAUCCUCUAAAGCAUAUCGUCAACCGGAAUUUACUGUCACUCGAAGAUAUAGGGACUUUUUAUGGCUUUACAACUCUUUACAUGCAAACAACCCGGGUGUCGUUGUACCUCCACCUCCUGAGAAACAGGCUGUAGGAAGAUUUGAUACAAAUUUUGUUGAAUCUAGGCGUGCUGCAUUGGAAAGAAUGCUUAAUAAAACAGCUGCUCAUCCAACACUUCAACAUGAUGGGGAUUUGAAAUUGUUUUUAGAAAGUGAGGCUUUCAAUGUUGAUGUCAAACAUAAGGAACGAAAAGAACCAGGACUUGGUGAAAGCAAAGGCAUGUUUAGUGGACUUGGUAUUUCUGUUGGUGGAGGAGGAAAAUUUGUUGAACAUGAUGAUUGGUUCCAUGAGCGACGAAUCUAUUUGGAUGCUUUGGAGAAUCAACUUAAAGCUUUGUUGAAAGCUAUGGAUGUUGUGGUUACCCAACGUAAAGGUCUCGCUGAAGCUGCAGGUGAUUUCUCUGGUUCCCUUCGAGCACUCUCAGCUGUUGAGCUCUCUACAUCAUUAUCCGGACCUCUUGAAAGUCUUGCGGAUUUACAAAUCAGAAUUAGGGAACUUUAUGAUCGACAAGCACAACAAGAUGUAUUGACUUUGGGUAUCACAAUUGAUGAAUAUGUUCGUUUGAUUGGAAGUAUCAAACAAGCAUUCGGUUCACGUCAAAAAGCAUGGCACUCAUGGCAUGCAGCAGAGGGUGACUUACAAAAGCGUAAGACUACUCAAGAGAAGUUAUUACGCCAAGGGAAAUCACAACAAGAUCGUUUGAAUCAAAUGCAAGGAGAAGUGGCCGAUUCUGAACGUAAAGUUCAUCAAGCAAGAUUAUUGUUUGAGGAUAUGGGACGUCUUAUGAAAUCCGAACUUGAUAGAUUUGAACGUGAAAAGGUUGAGGAUUUUAAGAGUGCCGUGGAGACAUUUUUAGAAAGUGCUGUGGAAGCUCAAAAGGAGCUUAUCGAACUUUGGGAAACUUUCCUUAUGCAACUUGAUGCAGAAGAAGAUGAACAAUUAUUUUAUAAGCCCCCUGUAGAACCAGCGGCACGUCCUUCUUCAGAAACUGGAAUCUCAGGUGAAACUGCUACAGACUCACAAGCUGCAGCUGUAGCAACUGCUGAAGAAGAAGAUUAA